CCUGACCUGAAGUUUGGACUACUGUGUGCAUAAAUCAUAUUGUUUGGGCAUUUAUUCAAGGAUUAAUUGCUAAAUUAAGUGUUAGCUAAUAUAGUAAGAUUUAAAUAUGGAAGAAGAGUCUAUAGAGGAAAACAUGCAGAUGGAACAACUGAACGGUGGUAAUCAGAUUGACCCUUCUACCACAUCCAACGAUGAGCCAUCUCAUGAAAACAUUGAAUCCCCGCCAAUGGGUAGAAUGAGGAUUCUAAAAAACGUCUUUGUUGUCAGUAUUGGAUUCAUGUUUCUUUUUACGUCAUUUCAGUCUCUAUCAAACCUCCAAAGUACUUUAAACAAAGACGAGGGACUCGGAACAGGUGGAUUGGCAGUUGUAUAUGGCGCCCUUGUGAUAUCAUGUAUGCUGUUACCAUCUUUUGUUAUUGCGCACCUUGGAUGCAAAUGGACCGUGACACUAUCAAUGUUGUGCUAUAUUGCCUAUAUGGCAUUAAAUUUCCAUGCCAUCUGGGGAACUAUUAUACCUGCUUCAAUAAUUGUUGGAUUAGGCGGAGGAACAUUAUGGGCAGCUAAGUGUGCAUAUCUUACGCAAAUAUCUGUGUGGUAUGCUAAGUUAACAGGUGCUAAGAAAGAUGACGUCAUGAAUAAAUUCUUCGGAUUCUUUUUUAUGACAUGCCAAACAAGCGACAUAUGGGGAAAUAUAAUUUCAUCAACCGUUUUUGCCGUUACGCCAGGGAAUACAACAAAUGAUAUUGAUUCAUGUGGAGCCAAUUUUGAUCCAACUGCUCCGAUAGGAAAUAGUUCUAAUUUGGAUAGACCGGAUGAUACAAAGGUGUAUACACUAUGUGGUAUAUUUGUCGGCUGUGCUGUUGUGGCAUUUAUUAUAACUGCAAUAUUUCUUGACAAUAUAACACUUGAUAAAACUCCACAAGGGGGAGAAUCGAAAAUAUCAGCCAAUUUGUUCCUGUCAACUUUCAAGCAUUGGUGGGGUUCAACGCCACAGAAGCUCCUAACAAUAUUAACCAUAUAUAGUGGAAUGGAGCAAGCAUUUAUAACAGGCGACUACACUAAGUCUUACGUUAGUUGCACAAUAGGGAUAUGGAACGUUGGUUAUGUAAUGAUCUGUUUUGGUGCGGUUUGUGCAAUUUGUUCAUGGGGUUUUGGUCGACUUGUUCAGUUUGUUGGUCAUGUUCCUUUCUUUAUUAUUGCAUUUCUAUCACAUGGAGGAACACUAAUAGCCUUGUUAAUAUGGCAACCAAAUCGUGACAACCAGGUCAUGAUUUAUGUAUUUGCAGGACUGUGGGGAAUAGGUGAUGCAGUUAUGCAAACUCAAAUAAAUGCCUUAUACGGAUAUCUCUUCACAACUAAUAUUGAAGCAGCAUUUUCAAACUACAAACUUUGGGAAUCGUUUGGUUAUAUUAUUGCAUUUGCAUGGAGUGGAUAUUUAGUUACAAGAGUUAAACUUGUACUUUGUCUUGGCUUCCUAUCAGUUGGAAUGAUCCUUUUUACAAUCGUAGAAAUUCAGGACCGACGUAACAAAUGCAAGAAAGGAGACUUCCUAAAAGUAAACGUUGAAAUAGAUCAAUGAUGUCUGUUGUAUUUAGGAUCGGUAUAUAACUGUUGUGGUGCUAUUUAUUUAUUGUUAAUUUGUUUUAAAUCAUUUUCAUGUAAAACAUGUUUUUUUGUUAUUCAAAUUUAACAUUUUGUCAUGCAAAAUGUCAUCUGCUAGAUGUAAAACAUCUAAUUAUUAGUAAUCUUUUAAUAA